AUGGAUCAAUUUCUCUACACUAACAUCUUCCCUGUUACAGAGGCAUCUUCUGGCGCGCAACACAUCGCCUCAGCGGAGGUCCCGUGGAGAUUCUCGACGCUUGGUUCUUCGAGAACCAUCGAGCUUCCGUCUUUAAAGUGUCGUAGCUCGCUCAAUCCAGCUCUUUCUCUGGAUAGCGCUCAUAGCAUUGCUUCUUACAUCCCGCUUCUCCGUACACACUAUUUUUCGUCAUGGUAA